AUGGCAGCGCUUCAACCUGAUGUCCCACAACAUCCUCAGCCUCCAUCUCAAUCUCAACUUCACCAACACGACCGUCCGUUGGCCGAGUCUAUUGCCAUUGCUACAAGGACGGUGCACGCCAAGCUUAACAAGCUCAUUAUCGCCCGUCUGCCGCUUGCGUUACCUCCUGUUGCCGCCGAUUCGUCUUCAUACAUCACUGGACUAUUGCAUAUUACGCCUAUCUACAUCACCUUCGAGACACUAUGGCGGGAUAUAAUCGAGUCGGGAUCUCCUUUAAGAUGCGAAAAUAAUGUCGAAGCAUUCUUUCCAGAGAAUACGCCGACUGGAUCUCCCUACACUUCCUCACGAAUCGAUGCUCACGAAUUCACAAGUCGGAGCAGAAUGCUAGCGUUACUUCAGCAACUUUAUCUUCCAGGAUUAAUGCGAUCUGACCGUCUCAAAGCGGAUAUUGCAAAUUUGUCAGGGUGGUCAAAUAGCACCGUUGAGGAGCAGCUACGCCUGGUUGAACAGAAUGGUCGACUGGGAGAUUUUCUUCAGCACAUAAAGAGAACGGUCCAAAAUCGACCUCACGUACUAUUGUCUUAUUCCUAUAUCUUGUUCAUGGCUCUUUUUGCCGGCGGCCGUUUUAUCAGAGCUACCCUAGAAUCCGCCGGGGACGAGUUCUGGGACCGAUUACCUUCGCCAGUGUUGCCAUCUCUUGUACCUUGCGAGGAGAACACACGGCGAACUAAGCGAGCCAGUGGUUUGUCCGACGACCAGAUUCCACAGGAUGACUUUCAUCACCAUGCGACUCACACGAUGCCUCUACGAUUUUUCCACUUCCAGACUCCUGAGGACGGAGAAGAUUUAAAACGCGAAUUUAAGCGACGACUCGCUAGCAUGGAGGGGAAAUUGUCACCACGUGAGAAGCAAGACAUUGUCCAAGAAUCAAUCUGUAUCUUCGACAACAUGACGCUUUUGGUUCAACAGCUCGACAGGCUUUGUGAUGACCCAUCACGGGAGGGAAGCGACAGUCCGACAUCCUCUCUGCUUGACUUGGUCGACCAAUUCCAUCCUUUCCGCUCCCGUCUCAGAGACAGCGUAUCUAUCGCCAAAGAUAGAAUUCAAAGAUCUCCAAAACUAUCACCGAACCGCACUAAAUUAGCUUGGUCGAUCUGGAAAUACUACGGUGCGGCUUCAUCUCCUGUGGAGCCAGAGAGUGGGAUCAAGGUGCCGAUCGGUCACCCUGGUCUUUCCAACGACGCGUCAAUUGAACUUUGUCCAGCCUUUUCGAAGUCUAUGAGGUUCGAUAAGACCUUGCCACGACCAACGCGCUGCCCCGCCAAGUCCAUAGGGGAAGAACAUGAUUUGAAUGAGUGUCUUCAGGUUGCUUCUAAUAAGCUCAACAGUAUUGGCUUCAUCAACUGGUUGAUAAUAUUGACUGUCGGGGUUAUUAUCCUUGGAGCAUUAUGUUCUGUACGUCACGGCCGCGAUAUAACAAUGAUGAAAGCAUGA